CUUUCUUAGCUAUAGUAGCUAUGAGGAAUUGGCAUGUUCACCAACUGGAUGUGAACAAUGCCUUCCUCCAUGGAGAUCUCCAGGAGGAGGUCUACAUGACUCUCCCUAAGGGUUGUACACCACCUACUGGUUUCAAACAUCCAGUGUGCAAACUGAAGAAGUCACUUUAUGGGUUGAAACUAGCUUCAAGGCAGUGGUUUUCAAAACUCACUGACAAACUACUUCACCUAAAGUUCAUACAGAGCAAGACUGGCCAUUCUUUGUUCUACAAAGCUACUGAGUCCACCUACACUUGCAUCCUCAUCUAUGUGGAUGACUUGCUCCUAGGUGGUAAUGAUUUACAGGAGAUUCAGCUUCUCAAGCAAGAACUUCACACUGCCUUCAGUAUAAAAUACCUUGGUUCUCUACGUUUCUUUCUAGGCAUUGAAGUGGCUCGCAACAACAAAGGAAUCCAUCUUUCUCAAAGAAAAUAUACACUGGAGAUUAUUGAAGAAUCACAGCUUCUUGAUUCAAAGAAAGUCUCUACUCCAAUGGAUUACAAGACACACUUGAGCAGUGAAUGUGAGACACCCUACCCAGAUCCAGAGUUCUACAGGACCCUUGUUGGCAAACUAAUCUAUCUCACCACAACUCGCCCAGAUAUUAGCUACGCUACUCAACAAGUCAGCCAUUUCAUGUCUAACCCCAGCAUUCAACAUUUCAAAGCAGUUCAAAGAAUUCUCAGAUACCUCAAAUCAGCUCCUGCCACUAGUCUUUUCUUCCCAGCUUCUGCCGAGUUCCAUCUCAAAGCUUAUACUGAUUCUGAUUAGGCCGCUUGCGUGGACACUAGGAGAUCGAUUUCUGGGUACUGCAUCUACCUCGGCAACUCUCUCAUUUCGUGGAAAAGCAAGAAACAAAAGACUGUCAGUCGCUCUUCCUGUGAAGCCGAGUACAGGGCUCUCGCUUUCACUGCCUGCAAGCUUCAAUGGCUCCUCUAUUUGCUCGCCGAUUUCAAGGUAACCCAUCCCAAACAGCUACUCUCUAUUGUGACAACCAAAGUGCUAUCUACAUCGCGAAAAACCCUACCUUCCAUGAGCGCACCAAGCAUAUAGAAUUGGACUGCCAUCUGGUCCGUGAAAAGCUCCAAUCGAAGACUCUGAAGCUCCUCCACGUUUCUUCCUCGCACCAGCUGGCGGAUUUGUUCACGAAGCCACUCUCCCCUGCUUCUUUUCGUUAUCUCUUCUCCAAUCUUGGUGUGCAUAAUCUAUGCCCACCAGCUUGCGGGGGGGGGGGGGGGGGGGGGGGUAACAGGACAGGCCAAUUGAAAUUUCAAAUCAGCAGAAAAGAAGACGUUGGAAGGAAGAAGAAGAAGUUGACCAGAGAAGGUUUCUCUUUUAGUUGAAACGCAUCGUUUGUAGCUAACGGUGCCAUUUGGUUCUAUUUUGACUGUUGCCUUUCUUUUUCCCCAAGCCUUGCUUUGUUUCCCUUUCAAGUAAAGAGAACAAAAUGUACGCAGAACAGAGUAGGCUGGCCAUGGUUGUCCUGUAGCCACCAGCCUCUCUAUAAAUUGUAACUUGUGAUGAAUGAGAACUCAGGCCUUAGGGUUUCACUCAAACUAAAAGUUUGUUAUUUAUCCUAUUUUGAUCUACCUAACUCAUAUUUUCAUCCAAUGAUACUUUAGAUAUGUGAUGAUCAUUGAUGUUUAUCUAGUGUAAUAUUUUCUUAUCAUCGAUGCUUGUGAUUCUAUAGUAUACUACUAUAUGCAUUGUGCUUAGUAUCAUUUAGGUUGUUAAGAAAUUAUCCUCUAGCGAUACUUCAUUGAUGUUACACGAGUAUAGAGAGAAUGAUCAACCAUCUAUAUCUCGAGUAGUAUCAAUACUUUACUGUUAGAUCGUCGAUGCUAUAAACGAUAGAUUAUGAC